ACGAGCAACAACGAUAAGUGGCAGCGAGCAGCCGAACUGGAACCACGACGACUGAUCCGACUUGUUGAACGGUUCCCGUUUGCAACCGACGUGCUGCAAGCUGUGAGUGAUGAUGUUCUAAUAGCAUGGACUGCGGCCUGGCGGAAAGAUUGUAGGUUAGCGGGUUUAAUCCAGUAUCGUGGUCGGACUACCGACAAGUCGAUCCACACAUGGCUUGAUGAUUGGACUAAGCGGCUAGCGGAACCACCUACAAAGGAAAAGCGUGCCCCGCCCUUUGACAACUGCGAUGACUGGAAGCGAAUGCGUUCGCGAGCGUACGGUGAUGACUCGCUACUCCAGCAAUGCGAUUUCGGCAAUACACUCAAGCUCGCUCAACAUAUCUUGUGCGCCAUUAUCUACGAUCCCGAAAUUCGCGCGAUCACUGGUACGGAAGAUGACGUGGAGAACGGCGUACCAACUCAAGUACGGCGUCACCUUACGGCCCUGGACAAGAUCGAGAGUUACAAAGCUGCGUAUUAUGCGGCAGACCGGCAAAUCAACUGGGCAGCUGUGGAGAGCUACUUCACCUCGACAUUCGAGAGG